AUGUUUGGAGAUAUUGAAACAGCAAAAAAAACAAUUGUUGCAUGUGCUGUACUACACAAUAUGGCCAUCGACAUGAGAGAAGAUGUGUUUUCUGGUGAGAGAGAUAGCAUUGAACAAUAUUCAUCUGAACCUAUAGUACAAAGAUAUAUUGCACCAUCAAUAAGGGGAAAUAUUAGAAGAAGACAGUUUAUUGAAACUCAUUUUCAAGAUAAUACCCAUUUAUAA